AUGGACCAUGACGGAAAGGCCGUUUUCGAAGAUGCGCGGAAGCCUUCACGGACGAGUACGGCCAGUACGGCCAUUUGUAAAGAUGAGGAGAGCAGCCUUCGCAACAACAUCAAGCCGUUAAUAGUGAAAAGCCAUACGGCGACUUCUAUCCCCAAAUCACCCUCAGUGGCAGCCUCGCCUUCGUUACCGCAACUCCCAUUGAAACUCUCAACGGGCAUCGGGACUAAUAAUCAGCUCCAGACACUAAUCGACCCGCUAUCCGAGACAAGAAGCCCCCCUGAAUGGAAAGACGAUGUCUCUGAAACCGGCGAGAUCCGUGCCACUGGUAUGGAUGCCGAGGUAUUUGCCCAGCCGAUAGGGUUUAUCCCUCGAUAUCCCCCACCACCGAAAUAUAUCAAAGUCCGUUCACGUCAUAAGAAGGAUAAAGAUUUUAAUCGCCUAUUUAUCGCUCAAGAGCUCUAUAGUACAUAUCCUUCGGCCAAGAGCCAGCACCAAGAAGAUAAGGAUAGUUCGGCCAGUUCAGAUGAUACUCCGUCGACUGGAAAGGCAAUAUGGGCACUUGAGUUUUCUAAGGAUGGAAAAUUCUUCGCUGCAGCUGGACAGGAUAAAAAGGUUCGAAUAUGGGCUGUCAUUGCAACACGUGAGGAUCGCCAGGCGCAUGAGAUCGAAGAAGAGGCCCAAAAUGACAAACCAUUCAUACGGCUAAGGGCUCCCGUGUUUAAGUCACAACCUGUGCGGGAAUACGAAGGCCACUCUGCGAGCAUCGUUGAUUUGACUUGGAGCAAGAAUAAUUUCUUGCUGUCCACCUCGAUGGAUAAAACAGUCAGAUUGUGGCAUGUUACGAGAAACGAAUGUCUUUGUUGUUUUAAUCACAGCGACUUUGUAACGUCUGUGCAAUUUCAUCCCCAAGAUGACCGCUUUUUCCUCGCUGGGUCUCUGGAUACAAAACUGCGGUUAUGGAGCAUACCAGACAAGAGCGUAGCUUUUGUGGCUACCCUGCCGUAUAUGAUAACUUCGGUUGCUUUUACCCCUGACGGGAAGCAUUCUAUUGCCGGUUGCCUGAAUGGACUCUGCCUCAUCCUUGAAACGGACGGCUUGAAUAUACAGUCCCAAAUCCAUGUGAGAUCAGCGCGUGGCCGGAAUGCCAAGGGAAGCAAAAUAACCGGCAUUGACGCGAUCUCACUGCCACCCAAUGACCCAAACGGCUCAGUGAAGCUUCUUAUCACGAGCAAUGACUCACGAAUCCGUCUAUACAAUUUCAGGUAUCGCACACUGGAGGCUAAAUUUCGAGGAAAUGCAAACCAUACCAGUCAAAUUCGGGCUACAUUUAGCAGCGAUGGCAAAUAUGUUAUCUGUGGAAGCGAGGAUAGAAAGGUGUAUAUAUGGCCUAUCUCUUCGCCAGAAAGGGAUCCGGAGAAGCGCGCUGUUGAGAUCUUCGAGUCACAUUCCUCUAUCGUCACGAGCGCAAUUAUGGCUCCGGCCAAAUCUAAACAGUUGCUUGGAACUUCCGGUGACCUCCUUUAUGAUCUUUGCAACCCACCCCCCGUUACUCUUGUCAGCCAAGCAGUGUCCGUGACGUCUAAACCCGUAACCGAUGCAGCUGGGUCUCGGGAAGAGUCGAUGGCGCCAACUCCCAGAAGUUCCACAUUUCCUCUUAGCCGGAAAGCAGACGAACUGCAGGCACCCUCAACAAAAUUCGCUCACCCGUGCGGAAACAUUAUCAUCGCUGCGGAUGCUAAAGGCACCAUUAAAGCCUUUCGACAGGAUUGUGGAUACCACAAGUUGCGUAGUGAUGUUUGGGAUACUGGCUUCUCCCGAAGGAUUCUUGGCCGAAAUAACUCGGUCUCUACGCGCCACAGUAUUUCUUCGUCAAUUGGGAAAGACUCCUCCCAUAAAACACCUUCUGAGCGCAUAUUAUCGUGGCGAAAUACAGUAAUGCGCACAGAGAAUUCAAGCGUCGACAACCUUCGCUCUAGCCUUUCCAUGACUCGGAGCGUCUCGCCCAGCAAGUUCCCCGCAAGGCAAAAUGAUAAACCUCAACAGGGCCACCUCCCAAUAGCUUCCAACUUAGCGGGGGAACCGUCUAGACGUUCGUUCACCCCUACCUUUUCAUUGAAACAGCCUUUCAUCAUAGACAGCCCUUUUUCCGGUGCAGCACCGUCUGAAUAUAUUCCACAGCCGGCACCACAUACCAAAAAUAAGCACCGCCGCAAAGAGAAUCUCGCAGCAGCCGCAGCAGCAACAGCAACACCAACAGCCACAAACUCGCACAACAACCUCUUCCUCUCGGGCAAUCAGAGCUACAUGUACUGGAAUAAGGAUACAUUCGCCUCCCAAGCGUCAGGAAGCUUGCGACCUGUUGGCUCACUCGAGCACGAUGAGGGACAUCCGUUCUCAAAACAGCAAUGA